CUCCAGAACAGAUCGGCAGCGCACGCUUCUGACGUCUUGCUGCUCCGAGGUCUGGAAUAACGAUACACAUCACCGUACACACGACCCGCAGUAUCGUGUCGCUUCAUCCGAAUAGAACUUAUGUUUGAGCGUCAACUCGGGUGUUAAAUCUCCUUGCCCGCUGUCUUCAAAGAUGACUGAAGAUGACAAAAGCCCCGUUACAGUUUGACUGUUCAGUUUAACUGAACGGUGGGAAUUUUGCAGUGCUUUGCUGUCUGCUAAACAAAUCCUGUUAAACACUUUCAGUUUUGUUCUUUUCUUACUAUUAAAAGUGAGGGCGGUCUACUCUGAGUGCUAAAGUACAGAAGAAUUUCAUUUAUUCUGUUCUAUCUUUUCUUCCUACAACUGCUCUUUCUAAUGUAGUUUGUGUAUUUAAUUGAAGGAUAAAGUACAAUGUAAAUGGCUGAUAGGUAUUGCCACAUUCCUGAGCUAAGUUUAGGUUUCUUCUGUCCUUGGAAGCCGAGAUCCUAACGUGUCAGCGGCACAGGAGUAAGACUACCCAUCAUCAGACUGUUAGAAAAAACUUAGUUUGGCAGCAGCACGAAAACCACAAAACUUUGCAGAUUCAUUUUAGUCGCUGUUGAGUUUCCCACCAGGUCUAUAUGGUAAACUUCUGCUGGCACAGCUCUGUCUGCGAGCACUGUGACGAAGUGUGACCCGUGACUGACAUAGCUGUGCCAGCAGAAGCCCCAGCUGUAGAAGCAGUUAUCUGCAAAAGUGCACUUUUACUGAUAUAGCUUGUUUUCGUUUUUAAAGGGUGUUUUUCCCUGUCCUGGUAGCAGUGCUGCUGCCAGUAAAGCACCGUGCUCCCAGGGAUGUAGUGUAAUCAGACAUUUAUUUGCCUGGCUUGGAAGGGACGACUGGUCAAGGGUGUAUUUUCUGUGCGUGGCUCUCCUCUUCCCAUCCACGGUCCGUAGAAGCUCGGACACGUUUGCAGUGGGAAUUCUCUCGUGGAAGAGUGCCUUGGAAUAGAUCUCAGAGCGGGGUGCAGAGAGGACCGUGUAAGGCCUUUAGCUGAACACGCUGACUGGCUUUGUUUGAAGCUUGUUAAAUUCACAGAAGGGCUACGUGAUACCUACCUGUAAUGGCAAGGUACUGGAUGUGACUAGGUUUCUAUUAUUUGGGAGAAAACUCCUCUCAAAGUUGAAAGCAAUAGAAAAAAAAUCCACUGAAAAAACCCAACCCCAAACUGAAAUUACCCUGAAAAAAAGAGAGCACGGGAAGAAAAUCUCUCCAGAAAAGGUGCUCUGGAAUCCUGUUUAGAAGAACAACUUUCGCAGUCGCUUGCGCAUUUCCCUUCAGAGGAUCAAGAAGAAACUUAACAGUGUUCAUACACUACCAGAAAGCUUUCCCUCCAGGGUUUGAGAGGUGGUCAUUGAAAAUAUGAUUAAAGACUAACAGGGAUGCCAAAGGAAAAAUAUGAUCCUCCAGAUCCUCGCAGAAUUUACACCAUCAUGUCAGCAGAAGAGGUAGCCAACGGGAAGAAGUCACACUGGGCUGAAUUAGAGAUCUCGGGUAGAGUGCGGAGCUUAAGUACGUCACUUUGGUCGCUGACGCACUUGACUGCUCUGCACCUCAAUGACAAUAAUCUUACUCGCAUUCCACCUGAUAUUGCCAAGCUUCAUAAUCUGGUUUACCUGGAUCUGUCAUCCAACAAACUCAGAAGUUUACCAGCAGAACUAGGAAACAUGGUGUCUCUCAGGGAAUUGCUUUUAAAUAACAAUCUGUUACGGGUUUUGCCUUAUGAACUUGGACGGCUCUUCCAGCUACAAACCCUAGGUUUGAAAGGCAAUCCUUUAUCACAAGAUAUUCUCAGCCUCUACCAGGAUCCGGACGGAACUCGAAAGCUACUGAACUACAUGCUUGACAAUCUAGCAGUUCAUCCAGAGCAGCUGCCUCCAAGGCCAUGGAUUACUUUAAAAGAACGAGACCAAAUUCUGCCCUCAGCUUCAUUCACAGUUAUGUGUUACAAUGUGUUGUGUGAUAAAUAUGCCACCCGGCAGCUCUAUGGCUACUGCCCAUCUUGGGCACUCAAUUGGGAGUAUAGAAAAAAGGGAAUCAUGGAAGAAAUUGUCAACUGUGAUGCAGAUAUCAUUAGUCUUCAGGAAGUGGAAACAGAGCAAUACUUCACCCUUUUUCUGCCAGCCUUGAAAGAACGAGGAUACGAUGGAUUCUUUUCUCCCAAGUCACGUGCCAAAAUCAUGUCUGAGCAGGAGAAGAAGCAUGUGGAUGGCUGUGCAAUAUUCUUCAAAACUGAAAAAUUUACACUGGUGCAGAAGCAUACAGUGGAGUUCAACCAGGUGGCGAUGGCUAACUCUGAAGGUUCAGAAGCUAUGUUAAACAGAGUGAUGACGAAGGACAACAUCGGAGUUGCCGUGGUGUUAGAGGUGCACAAAGAAUUAUUUGGAGCAAGUAUGAAAUCGCUUCAUGUGGACAAACAGCUGCUUAUUGUGGCCAAUGCCCACAUGCACUGGGACCCUGAAUACUCGGAUGUGAAACUCAUUCAGACUAUGAUGUUUGUCUCAGAACUGAAAAAUAUCCUCGAGAAAGCCUCAAGCAGGCCAGGUAGCCCAACAGCAGAUCCUAACUCUAUCCCUCUGGUGCUGUGUGCGGAUCUCAACUCACUGCCUGAUUCAGGUGUAGUGGAAUACUUAAGCAAUGGCAUAGUAGCUGACAACCACAAGGACUUCAAGGAGUUGCGUUAUAACGAGUGUCUCAUGAACUUCAGUGGCAAUGGAAAAAACGGGGCUUCUGAAGGAAGAAUUACGCAUGGCUUCCAACUCAAGAGCGCCUAUGAAAACAACUUGAUGCCUUACACCAAUUACACUUUUGAUUUCAAAGGUGUGAUUGACUACAUUUUCUAUUCCAACACUCACAUGAACGUGCUUGGUGUCCUGGGGCCUUUGGACCCUCAGUGGCUGGUUGACAACAACAUCACUGGGUGUCCACACCCUCACAUCCCUUCAGACCACUUCUCACUGUUAACACAACUAGAACUCCAUCCUCCGCUCCUGCCUCUUGUCAACGGUGUGCACUUGCCUAACAGGAGGUAGUGGAGCCCUGCCCCUUUGAGGGCAAGGACCUGUUGUUAUGGACCUGUACAGUUGUAAAUCAAAGUAUAUAGGAGUGAAGUAUGGCCAACCUUAAGCUGCUUCUUCAAGCUCCUUUCCUUAUGUGUUUGAUAUGAGAUUUUGCACAUUUUGGUGCAUAUUGGUAUCAUUUGGCACUAGGGCUGGAACCAAAGUAUUAUUCCCUUUCCAGGUUUUUAAUUUAAUUUUUUUUUUUUUUAAACUGGCAAGCUUUUUCUUUUCAGUAGGAAGCUGCACUUACAAAUGGACAAAUGAGAUUAAAAACUUGCAUAUUAACAUAUUUCAAGGUAAUGCUUUUUUCCAGAACGUGGCGAAAUGAGCCAACCUUUUAGGAGAAAGAAAAACAAAAAUAGAAAUGCUUGUUUUGUAGGAAGAAUAUUAGAAAUCCUGUUUGUUUGAACCCAAAACGGAGACUGAACUCUGCAUCCAAAAUAAAUUUUGCACAUUAGCAAAGCACUUAAUACCUGACUAUAAAUGAUUAGCAGUGCGGCCCUGCCCCUCGUCUACCUAAUAUUAAAAACCAAAGAUGGCUUAAUAUCUGUGAUAAAAUUUGAGGUCUAAAUUCUCCUGAUGUAAUUUCAUUUAGAAUGAAAUUUCCAGCGAAGCUACGUCUCACAAGACUUUGCAGGUGAGCAUUUAAUGCUGCGUAUAGACCGCUUGCUCGAGCGACGCCACGGUGACUUUUUUUUGGAGCUCUGAAGAACUCGGUCCUUUCUGGGCGAGGUACACAGGGAUCCAAGGGACCUCUGUGAAACAGAGCUGCCUCCCUGCUUUGGCAAGCCAGGGCGACACACUGUUCAGCAGCACAGUUUGGGAGCAGGACUUAGAAAUGGUAAGAAAUUGCAUUUGAAGUGAGCCGUUGCAAGCGUUUGGGUUCCGGCUGAAUAAAGGUGUUGCAAAUCCAUCCUAGGUUCCCUUUUCCGAAGUUCUGUUGCAAAGAUGGGAAACUUGGGAUUAACUGCUUAAGCGUAGGGUACAGGAAAAACCGCUGGAAAUGACCUUACUUCUGUCUCCGAAAGGGCACGUGGAGUAGCUGUCGGCAUGCUUUUUUCACUGGGGGAGCGAGUGGUAGCCGUAGUCAUUCCUUGGAUCAUUUUUCCUGACCCUAGUUGCCAAAUAGCCAUCAUACUUUUUUAAUAAUCUUUCUUUUCUGUUGUCGGUCAGGGUUGAAUUAAAAAGCUGCUGGUUCGUUCCCAACUGUUAAUGCUCUUUGGAUGUGUUGGAAAUCCUUUUUUUCCCUUUUUAUGCUCUAGGUGGCCAGUUCAAAACCUUGUGCCUGAAGAGGCAUUAAACAUAAUGCAAUUUUCUGAAAAAUUGGUUGGCUGCUUAAUGUUAGAAAAAAAAAUGGCACAGUGAUAGGAAAAGGUUGUGUCUGUGUUUUUAAGUUUUUCUUUAUUCUGCUUUUUUGCUGCUAUAAGAUUUUCUUGAAUUUAUAUUUUAAACUUUUCAUGCACUUUACUGUUUCUAGUCUCAAAAUGUGAUAUUUUUAAUAAAUGAAAAAAUUUUCCAUUAUGUGAAUGAAAUUUUUAAACAGAUUGAUAGCCUAUAUUUAUGUCUCAUUCGUAUACUUCGAAAAGUCAAAUUUAAAUUGUGAAAUUAGUUUUAAAUACUAAGGAGCCAUCUUCUGUCUUGCAAAACUGCUAAGUCAGGCUGUUCCUCCACUCUUUAAUUAAACAUUUCCUUUGUCGUUUUAUACAUAGGAGAUUAUCCAUAGGGAAGAAAAUCAAUUGGACCUAGAGCAGAAACUAUUCCCUGACGCUUGUUGGGGGCCGGGGAGGGGGUGGUGUGGGACAGAACGCAAAAAUCGGUUUAACGAAACAACAACUCCCUUUUAAAAGAAGUGCCUAAAAAAUGGAGGCGUCAUCUAUUGUCUACUAUAAAUUGGAAGUGAUCGUAACUGGGUGAAAUUCCUGUCCGGCAAUUGCUUAGUGCAGCACCAAAAAAAAAGCCCUUUCUAAAGACGGAUUUUCCUCUAGGUGCAGGUAUCUCUUUUUUAAUAUACCUCAGCGUUCGCCACCUAGCCAUUGCAGAUAAAUUGCGAAAGCGAUUUGAGAGUAUAGUACUGGAAAGUAGAAUAGCAUGAAAAACUUAAUUUUGUGGACAUUACCUUUCUGUAAUCAGCUACUGUAUCUUUUUUGGAGGGAGGGGUGCUCUGCUCUGGAGGUGUGCACUAACAAACCCUUGUCCUCCUUUUCCUACACGCAUGUUAACUAGCAACGUGAGCAGUAUUUCCUACCAUACUUCACUCCCAAUAUUUUUUGAGAUGUUUGUAUAAAAUGGAAUUUAAAAUUCACCUAUGAUUGUAUAUGAACUGCAGAGGAGCCCAUUUAUUAAUAAAAAUAAAACCCAACAACAAUGUUUUGUAAUAUCGGGGUGGGAGAGGAUGGGGAUGAGGAAAAAAACCCUGGCAAACAUUGUAAACUGCUUAAGUUUGACUUUCCUUUGGUUUCUAACCGAUUGAAGUGUUCUGUUGCGGGAAGGUGUUAAAUUGGAUUUUCUCUGCUGCGAAAUGCACUUCCGAACGUCCAUUAUGCUGUGCGAUUUUUUUUUAAAAAGUUAUUUUAACAGACGUUGCACAAAACCUCUGGAUUUUAAAAAAAAGAGUCUUGUUGAUGUUUCAGUCAAUGCACAUAACUGGGGACAUGUUUACCCACCUUUCACAUGUCUGGCUCCCUCCCUGUUUUCCUUCUGUUUUUUUUCUCCUUUCCCAGCAGGAGCAGUAAGGGGACUGCGCUUUUUUUCCAGCUGAGCAGAAACGCCACUCUCUGUAGCAAUUUUCUACUCUAGGAAGAGAGGGAGCGGGGAGCAGGCAGCCUUUCAACAAACAUAUGCAUCAUCCUGAUGGCAACGCUAGUUUUCUUUUGACCCAGAUGGAAGCUGACGGUAGGGUGUUUGCUAGGGGAGAGGGAGUAAUACGAAGGAAAUUAUCCCUAAUCCUAAGCAGAGAUGGAUGGGACACCAUCAGUUCUCUCCAUCACUGACCCUCGGUUCCCAGCGCGUCACAGUGUCCUCACAGCCGACACUUGGAAAAAAAGCUCUAAGCCCUUUACUGCUCCUCGCUGUCUUGGUUUGCUUUCAAAAAUAUGGUGCCUGGUGUCAACUUCUAAGCAACAGCACUGCCUAAAGCAAGCAGAGAAAAAAAAAAUCCAACACCCUUCUUCAUGCAACUUUUUAAAAUUCAAUAUGGUAAAUCUGUUAGAUAUGGGGUUUUGUGUGUGUAUAUAUAUAUAAAAAAAAAAAGAGAAUUUUGUACAAUGUAGCUGAAUAUUUUUGUUUCCUUAUUUCGAUGUAAGGAGCGUGAAUAUUUGCGUACCACACACUGAAGUCAGGUAUGGCACAAUGGGGUCUGAGACCAGCUUUCCUUCCCAUUUGCCUGGUUAAAAGCUUUUGUCGUCCCUUUCUAGUACUUGUUGAGAAAAUACUUCAUUUUAUGGGUAAGCUUUCUCUGUUGGAAGUCACUCCUGUUUGGUCUGCAGAAACAUUCAGAAAAGGUCUCGUUAGUCCCAAGUCCUCACUGUUCUGUGUUGUAUGGCCUAGAAAACCAAAAUCUUUGACUCUCAACCUUUUCAGAAGCACUUGCCACUGACCUAACACAGCUUUCAAAACCUUACCGUGAUCUUCAGCGUUUGGUUAAUGCUGCGGAUGGCUGAUGGUCUCCCACCUUGCUGGCUUUGCCACAGACACUCCUAAAUCCACAUUCACGCUCUCGAGCUCCCAAAGGCCCACUUCACAAAGGUGCUGAGCAUCUGCAGCUCCCACUUAAUCCCAAAUACUGCUCUUUUGGAGACCGGCUUUCCACACACAGCUUGUGAGACAUCGGGUCUGAAUCACGAGUGAGAAUUUGAGACCUCAAAGGUUCCUAUCACUUUUUUCCUCUGGGGUUGGUUUUGGUCAGGUGGUGAGGGGAAAGCCAAAAAGGCUUGUUAAAAUUCAGAGUUUCUCUGUUAAUUUAGAAGAUGGGUUAGGGAAACACUUUUAAGGAUUCCUAGACCAGGAGGUACAGUAUUUACGCCUUCUUGGUAGGGAGCAGGAGCCAGAAGGGGCUGUCAGUCCUUAAUAUCUGAAGACCAGACUUAAACCCAGCAACACAGCAGCAGUUACUUCAUUUCCACAAUGCAUUUUCAGCUUCUAGCAUCAAAACUUUCCUUAGGCAUGAAACUUGGCAUAGUGGCGUGGAGUGAAAAGUCUUUUAGUCCUAUGCAAACCAAAUCAAUAGCCUGCAUUAGAAAUAUCACACAAAUGUGAUACGUACCCUCAUACUGGUUUAAAAGGAAGUUAAAUGGCAAAUUGCAGUUGUCCUCCCCCCAGCAACCUCAGCUUUGUACGUAAUUAAGAUUCUUCUGUUCUUGGUUUCUGCAUAGGUACUUUUCUUGUAAUGGUAAUGAAGAUCUAAGGCCCGAUUUAAACCUAAGGAAGGACCCUCUCCAUUGUAUGGGGAGGUGACUGAUCUAAACACACCCUUAUCUAGCACGCUGGUACACUAGGCAGCAGCAGGAGGUGGUUCAGCUAAAAUCAGGCUGUCAACAUAAAAGAGCAGUGGGUCGUUGUCCUACUUGGUCACCACAGAGGUGUGACGUUCUUCUGGGCCGUCUUCGCAACCAGAACUGCCUGGUAGGAAGCAAAGCGGCAUACGAGGCUCGCUGAAGUUCAUGUUGACUUCAAAAGUGAUACGGUUUCGGCAGCAAGCACACGCAUUGAAAAACCUCGCCUGCUUAAUUUCACGUGUCCCAAAAGGAGCUGAAGCGCUUGGUCUUGGAGGGGUUUUACCCAAGGGGGCAGAGGACCUGAUUUGUUAGAGACCAGAAAAGAAAUGAGCCCUAGAUGCAGAGAAGUUUGAGUUCUUCUGAUAGAUGCUGUUAUUAGCUGAGUCUCUCCAUCUCAUGGUGAGGAGAAGCAUCUUGUGGUAUGCAGCGCAUUAGGUUUUUUUAUAAGAUUACAGAAGCAUAGUCACGUACCCUCCCUUUCUCACCUUUCAGUGUUGAAAGGCGACACAAACCCCGAGAGAACCUGGUGAAAACCGUUCAUGUCUUAAGCCUCUAUGCCAAGAGUCAGCCAAGAACUCACUUUAAAACAACCUUAGCAGAAGAUUAUAAGGCUCUAGAUCCAGGCACAGCUCUAAGUGAUAACAGUAUCUUCUCCUGUGACCACUCUUUGCACUGACACCGACCACGGGUUUGCUUUUCCUCCAGGAAACGAGAGCAGGGACAAAAAACAGAGCGGAUGAGACAGGCGCAGGCAUUGCACCAUCAGAAAAGGGGCAAAAUUAACGCCUUUAAAGAACUCCUUCAUCCUAAGAAAAAUGAUGUGGCUCUAUAAAUAAGAGACGAUAAAGUUUGCUGGUUUGGCUAUGUUCGAGGAUGACGGACUGCAGGAGUACAGUUUCUUGGAGUCUAUCUGAAAACAAGCAUGAAGAUAGAGAAAUGCUGGGGUACUUUAGGGUGUUUUAAACAGCUCUGAUGGCAAAGCACGCCAAGCGAUGCGACUCUCUUUUUUUUUCCUUCCCCUCCUGCAACUGUACGGUGUGUUUAGCUUGCAAAAUCUCUCACCGUUUGAGUGGUGAAGGUUAGAAUGAUCCUGGUACUUGGUCUUGUCCUCUUUGUUAAACAGUUCCGACAAUUUAGGCAUUUACUGAGUUUGCAUUUGUCUGUAUUUGUCUUUGUUCCAAAGCAAAAAAAAAACCCAACCAAAAAAAAAAAACCAACCUCAUGGUGGCUUUCUUUACAAGUGAUGUUACAUGACUUUGGCUUGUUUUCCAUUUUUAAUUAUUGCAUCGUGUGUUUGCUUUCUGAGCAAUUAAAGUGUUUUGUGUGCACUAUGUUAGCUAAAUAUGCCCUUAAUUCAUAAACUCACAGGCUGGACCGGAGCAGCGGUGAUGGGAGCCCGGGCUCCCCCUCCCGCCCCAUUUCACGGUGGUUAUUUUGGGAGGUCGGGGUUUCUUUUUAGUUGGAUUUCUUUCUUGCGCGUUGCCUUUGCAACCGCAAAGUCCUGUCCCUCAGAACGUGGAAGUGCACGUGGAGAGGGGAGAAGCUGCAGUGUCACUCCCGGGCGUGCUUACGCUGAAAUUUUAAGGGGGGUUUAUGUCUCGUUUUAUGGAAAUGGUAGCUUCGCUUUAAAUCGAGAGCGGGCUGGCCUCUCGGAUGGGGAAAAUGCUCCUUGCAGAGGCCGGAGCCGCUGCUGGCCUCCCAGCCCCGGUUUUCCCUCGCCUGCCUUGGGCCAGCUCGGCAGCACCGUCACCACCGGGGGGGGGGCGGUCCUGGGGGGCUGCCGUCCCCACCAGCCCUGACAUGGGGACGGGGUAGGUCUCCCAGGCAAAAAGCUUUGCCAAGUUUGACACCAGUCCUAGGCACCGUGCUUGCAAAGAGCAGCAGCCUUCAACCGAGACCUGCGCGAAAAACCUGAGUAACUUGCUUGUUCCAUGUUUCCCGUGGGAAUAAAUAGUAAGAAACCUUUUCUCCAGCCCUCUGAUUUGCUUUUACAAAAGGAUCCUUUUUUUCUCUCCCCCUGAAAGAACUCGUGUUUUGCAGAAAGUGCCAUGCCAUGCUGCAAUUCCCUCCGUAAUUAUACUUUGCAAUGAAAAACUCACCGAGAAAGCGAAUUCCCGUCGAGUGGGGAUGGUGGGGACCCAGGCAGGGGGAAGACCUGCUCCCCUGCACAGACCCGGCCUGGACAAAAUAACAACGAUAACCCUGAACUGUUACUUUUUUCUUGCCUUUUUAAAUUUUUUUUUUUUUUUUUUUUCAUUGAAACAGCCCCCCCCCAGCACUGUGGAGAUGGGGUACUGCUCGCACAUGAUGGAUAGGGCUAAAUAUCUGCUUGUUUCUUCCCACCUGUGUACUUUUGUUUCCUUCUGUAGGCAAUAAACAGCCCUUUUGCAAACA